AUGUGGAAGAGCCUCAUUUCAAACGGCCAGAAAGCCACUCACGCAAGUCGCCACCAUGUUUCGACAGGACUGUGCUCAACCUCUACCUCAAUGGGCAACCGAACCUUCAGCACAAUUCCUUCGCUUCAAAAAGAUAGCCAACCCACCGACAUUGAUCGCGAAGCCCUGAAUCCCCAACGAUCAGAGGUCUCUAAGUCCGGGACAGACGACGAAAUUGCCCAUCAUGACUCUGCGUUUGACCCGUCGAACACUGCGCCCGAAAGCGAGCUUGCUGCGACAGAGAAGGAGAGCAAGAGCGGCAAGAAAGGCACACUUAACAUGAGUCCUGCAAACAAGGAUGUCAACGCAUGGAGGGGACCGACUGAGGGUGGACCAGAUAGAAAUGUUGAACGAGGGGCGUCGAGCGCUCGCGGAUCCCCGAACAAACGACGGACAAUCCAUGUCAAGGAGGAUGGUACUCAUGUUGCAUAUCGGUAG